AUGCCCGCCAUCCCAAAUAAUAUUGAGGCUACCAGUGUCAUGGACUUAUUCAGUCUAAAAGGAAAGAUAACUCUGGUUUUGGGCGGUAGUCGUGGUAUCGGUGCUGCUGUUGUCCGUGCGUUUGCUGAAGCGGGAGCCACCGUGUACUUUACAUACAAAUCGAGCAACAACUGCAAGAAGAUGGCGAAGGAUCUAGCUGAAAAAUAUGAUGUCCCUGUUUUUGCAGUUCAUUGUGAUGCUACCGAUGAAAAAAGCAUACAAGACGUUAUUAGUAACAUAGCGAUGUCGGGAAAUCUGGAUGUUGUUGUAUCUAAUGCAGGUAUCUGCAUAUCUAAAUCUGGCAUUGACAUGACGACUGAAGAGUUUAACCGAACUUUUGCCUUGAAUGUUAAUGGUGUAUUUCUCGCUGCAAGGGCUGCGGGCAAAGUCUUUAAGCGUCAGGGUUUCGGCAGCUUCAUUGCUACUGCUUCCAUGUCUGGAAGCAUUGUUAACGUACCUCAGAAACAAUGUGCGUAUAAUGCGUCUAAAGCUGCUGUCAUCCAACUAUGCAAAUCUUUGGCGAUCGAAUGGGCUGAUUUUGCUCGUGUGAAUACAGUUUCCCCCGGCUAUAUUAUAACGGAUAUGUCAGAGAGCAGCUUAAGAGAGGAGUGGAUAAGAACAUCUCCUUUCAAACGUAUGGCUAAACCAGACGAAUUGAAGGGCGCGUACGUAUAUCUAGCCAGCGACGCAUCCAGCUUUACUUCAGGUUCGGAUUUACUUGUUGAUGGAGCUUACUCAUGCCUGUAA